GGUUCCUGUAGGACCGGGUUUGAGAAGCCCUGCUCUGUACAUGUCACCCAUGACUACAAAUACUGUUAAAUAAAACCAAACAUAUAGUUUGCUAUCGUGUAGUGCAGUACACACUGGUAUAUUAUAGGGUUCUGUAAUGGUGAGGGGAGUUUGUUGUAAAUGGGCUACGGAAAGGCUAAAGGUUGAGACUUGGAUUAGGGGAAUACAUUGAAGCUGAUUUGGAGUCUCCGUGUUAACAGUAAAUCCAGUUCAAGUGUAUAUACGAUUAACUAGAGAAUUGACUCCAGUUCUCAUAAGAGGAAAGCGGUUGUAGUUUUUCGGCAUCGCCCGGGUUCUUUAGUUUCAAUUUGGAGUCGAUUACAUCGGGAAAAUGGCGCAGAUUUCAACACAAUAAACAAAUUGUUACAUCGCAGUUAUCUGACGGACAGAUGUGUUUUUCGUGUUAUGGGAACUUGCCGUGUGAUCCUUCUAGGAGUCGAGUGUGCUCUGGCUGGGACAGGGAGAGGGAGGGAGAGAGAGCACAGGCAUCAAAUCAAAUUGCACAUAGAAACUCACCAUCACAAAGCGCACAGUGAGCACGGACUGUUGAGACUUGCUUACGGGAGUUUAGUUUUACGAGCAGGAUUGUGAAGAUCUGCAUUAUUAAGCUUUUACGUGGAAAGUCUGAGUCGCUGAUGUGGACAGAGUGGAAAGUAGGCACGCAUUUCAAGGAAAACAGCGUUGCUGCAAACUACAAGCUGAGAGGACUGGGUAUGUGUGUUUUCUUUUUCAUUCUGGGAAGAACAAUCGAAGGAGCAGGAGAAUGGGUAGAAGACAGCUCCUCACACAGAUUCUUUGCUGCUGUUAUUGUUUGCAGGGGGAUGCUGGCGGUUAUGGAUUCAGUCCACCCAGUUCUUGGAUUCAAUGGUGAUUAAAAACCCAGCUGUGUGGGAGAAAAGAAGGAGGAAUAUUUGGGAAGGUAGAAGUUCUCUGAGGGACCCCCCAGGCUGGCAAUGUUCCUGUGGAUGCUCCUCCCGGCCAGCCUGCCUGUCUUCACCAUCACCGGGAUGUGGAUAGCAUAUGCCCUGGCUCUGUUCAAUCAACAUGUCUGCCCCAUGGAGAACUGGGUGUACAACCUGUCGUGUAAGGUGGAGCUAGCCAAGCAAGAAGGCCCUGAAGUUUGUUGCACCCCAGACAACAUCCCGCUGGUAAGUAAGUGUGGGACCCUGCCCCCUGAGAGCUGUCUGUUCAGUCUCAUCUGCAGCAUGGGCUCCUUCAUGGUGAUGGUGAUCGGGCUGCUACGCUAUGCCCAUGUCAUUGAGAAGCACCAGAACUGUGUCCUCAACACCGCCGCUCUGUCCACUGGCUGGAUCUGUGCCGCCGGGCUCAUCGUCGUUGGAAACUUUCAGGUUGACAAUGCGAAGGUGCUGCACUACGUAGGUGCCAGCGUUGCAUUCCCCACCAGCAUGCUGUUUGCUUGUCUGCAGUCUGCGCUGACAUACCGCCUGGCCAAGACUGGCUGUGAAUACGGAGUGGGGCACCUACGCUGCAGUCUGACCCUGCUCGCCUUCAUCACACUCGUACUGAGUGGCGUGUUCUUUGUGCAGGAGAGCUUUGAGCUGCAGCACACCGCUGCGAUCUGUGAGUGGACCUUCACCUUCAUCAUCCUCAUCUUCUACGGGACGUUCACCUUCGAAUUCGGGGGGGUGUCGAGCAGGACCCUGCUGGUGCUGUUUGGGGGGGGCUGCAAGGGGGAGGGGGGGUCUCGCAAUAGCAGCAGAGAAUCCAGCAACCUGAGAGCAUCGGAAUGCUGUAGAGACUGACAGACGGACGCAUGCUCUGUCAAAAUACGGACUGGCCAGCACAGUUGGGAGGUUCCAAGAGGGGGAUGGGGUUUGGGAGGGGGAUUACAAUGUCAUUGACCCGCCCCCUCUUACCCGUCAAUCGAACCCCUAAGCCCGAUUUAAUGUUGCACGUUGCUAAAUGAACAAAGUUUCAAAUGAACCCAGGACUAGUGACUUUCUGCAGAGUCUGAGACAGAUUUCUAAUUCUCAAAGUUUUAGUUGUGAAAGUGUGCCGUGUUCCUGCUGUCUGUGUUCCCUGGGAACAGACAAGUCCAGGGAAGAUGGGGUUAAGGAACCAUGCAGAUCACAAUCUAAGAAGUACUGACCAAACCAGACCCUGCUGCUGCUGCUGCUGCUUUGCUUUUUGAGAUCAGAUCAGAGCAGAUCACAUUCCAAAAAGCAGUAAUACUGGCUAAGCCUGACCCUGCCGAGAGGUACAUGCGUCUCGCAUCUGACAACAACAGUCAAGGGAUCCAGGAGUAAGAUCUCUAAACACACACACUAAAAAAACUGUACCAGCUACAUUGUUGCCAUGCACCCUACAAAGCAGCUUUGGGUCAUACUGUGAUCACGAAUACUUUAGAAUAAAAACGGUACUAAAACAUGGGACAAGGAGCGACUGCGUGGAUGAUUUUUAUCAAAAGACACAUUUUCCCAGUUUAAUGCCAUGAUGCCUGAAGACUGGACCAAUCAUUUUUGUGCUUUCAUUUUUUUACAAUUUUAAUAUAUAUUUUAUUUUUCAAAACAUUUUGUCGCGCCUGAACCUUGAAGAUGGCAAGGGGACUGCGAGCCAAAGCCUUUGCUGACAACAGCCUUUCUUUUAGAUUGCCUUUCUGAUGUAAUGUCUAUGGUGCUGCCUUAGAACUGACCAAAGAGAAGCCAAACCCAGGGAGUGCACCAUAGAACUGACUAGAUCUGACUAAACCCAAAACUAGAUGUGUUGUAUGAAAUGAAUUUAAUCUGCAUUUUAUUUUGAAGCAGAGAAAAACAAGAGCGACAAAAAAGGUGUAUUAUUCUAUUAGGUGUUGUUACAAUAUUGUUAAAUGAAUAAAGAGAAUAUAU